AGGAAGCAUGAGGUCUUGCAGUCUGUGCAUCAUCCUGAGCCUGGCGGUGGCAGUUUACUGCGUACCUGUAUCACAAGUCACUGAGCAAGAUGAACAUGAUGCAGAGAGCUACCUGAAGAAAUUCUUCAACCUAACAGAGGAGAAAGGUCCCACUAGCAGACGUGGGGUCAGCGCGGUGAGCAGGAAGCUGAGUGAGAUGCAGAGAUUCUUUGGCCUCCGUAUCACCGGGACUCUGGAUGCUGACACCAUGACGACGAUGAAGAAGCCCCGCUGUGGCGUCCCAGACACCAACAUUGCCAGUUUCUCCACGUUUGGAAAAAACCUCAAGUGGGAGAAAAACAGCCUUACCUACAGGAUAGAGAACUACACACCUGACAUGUCUGUGUCAGAGGUAGAUGACUCCAUAGAGAAAGCGCUGCAGGUUUGGGCCAAAGUCACUCCUCUGAGAUUCACAAGAAUCCAAAGUGGCACCGCUGACAUCAUGAUCUCCUUUGGCCGCCAAGCACAUGGUGAUUUUUACCCCUUUGAUGGCCCUGAUGGCACUCUUGCCCAUGCCUUCGCCCCGGGCACUGGCAUUGGAGGAGACGCUCAUUUCGAUGACGAUGAGAAUUUCACUCUCCGCUCCACCAGAGGCUACGUCCUCUUCCUGGUGGCUGCCCAUGAGUUUGGCCACUCCCUGGGCUUGUCUCACUCUGAUGAUCCUGGUGCUCUCAUGUACCCUGUGUACUCAUACAGAAACCCAGACACCUUUGUUCUGCCCCGGGAUGAUGUCAACGGCAUCCAGUCUCUCUAUGGUAGAAACUCUGUUAAGGAUCCCUCUGUAGAUAAACCUCAGCCCCCCACCACCCCUGAUGUCUGUGAUUCAACCAUGGUCUUGGAUGCUGUCACCACCCUGCGAGGAAAGAUGCUCUUCUUCAAGGACAGCUUCUUCUGGCGGAGCUACCCUCAGAGCAAUACACCUCAGCAAAGUCUCAUCACAAACUUCUGGCCCAAAGCCCCCACCCACAUCGACGCUGCUUAUGAAAGCAAACAGUCAGACAGAGUCUUUCUCUUUAAAGAUCGUAGAGUGUGGGCCUUCGCUGGCUAUAAUCUUGUGCGUGGCUACCCCAAAAAACUUUCCAGUUUUGGUCUGCCCAGAAGUGUGAAGAAAAUCGAUGCGGCCCUCUAUGACGUGGAAUCCGGCAAGACUCUGUUCUUUGUAGACCGCAUUUACUACAGUUAUGAUGAGACCAGAAAGACCAUGGACCAGGGAUUCCCCAAGCUAGUGGAUCAGACAUUUUCCGGCCUGACCGGCAAGGUGACUGCAGCUCUCCAGUACAGAGGUUUUACUUACAUCUACAGCGGACCGUACAUGUUUGAGUACAGCCUGAGGACUGGGAGGUUGUUCCGGAUGCUGAGGAACAGCUACUUCCUGCGCUGCACUAACUUCUAGAGCAGUUUACUGGCCAAGCUGUUUAUGUAGCCACUGUGAAUGAGAAUGAAUGUACACUAGCAGUGUUAAAACAGUACUUUUUAAGUAAAAAUCUCUUAUUCAAAAUGGUAUAUUUUCAACAUUUAAUUGUAUCAAAUGCAUUUCGCAAACAUGCAGUAUAUAAAUACUGAUAUUAUUUUUUUUAGAUAUUGUACAUAUGUCGGUUAUUUGUAUGUGUACUUUGCAGUAUUGAAGUUAUGAGACUUUUCAGCCAUCUUGGAAAUUGUAUAUUUAGUCAAAGGUUUAAUCAGAGGGUCAUACUGUCAGGAAGCUCCUGAUGGCCUCUGAUUAGACUAAUCAAGCAAGUCCAUAGCAUUGGACCUAUUACUGCUGGUUAUAUUGCUGCUGUGCUUUACUGUAUAUUUGCAAUCUAAUGAUAUUGGUAACCUUUUAUAAUAACCAUCAAUAAUAAAUGGUAAGUUGAUA